GGUGUCGCGGUGAUUUUCAAGGGGACAGAAGAGAAAGAGAGAGAGAGAGAGAAAACAGGGACCGGGAACGAGAGAAAAGUACACGCUCUGAACUCGCACACGCUCGUCUCGAGGGUGCGAGAGAAGAGCGGACGGAAACAUUUCGGUGUGCCCCUGGACAUUCCCUACCGAGCCGAUUGUUUCCCCGAGUUAGUUUUAAUCGCGAUAUACGGCCAAGGACCGCGAUCCUUUCGUACAGUGACCGAGGUUCGACGAUUUAGAAUUUCACCAGGAGAUUCCGUCGCAUCCAAGCGGGAGAACGCGUCGUCGGACAGGAUCGUCAGGGUCGUCCAUCGUCGACGACCGUCCUGGAUAGGAAACGGAAGAAGAGCGCCGACAUGUCGGCCUUGAGCACCGGGCUCUGUCGACCCGGGAUUAUAUUCUGUCUGGCUGUUCUACUGGCAUCGCAAUCCAAUUCUGCGCCCGUAUACGACCAGGAUACCACACAAGUAGCAGAAUACGAUGGAGCCACAGCCGGAUGCUAUUACAAUUACCAGCACUACAACGAGGGUGACCGAAUAAUCACGAACGAGCCAUGUCUGAACUGCACGUGUCACAACCGGAUGCUGAUGUGCUAUCUGAGAGUCUGUCCGUUCACGAAGGCGAUCGGCCAGGACUGCACCGUCGAGAAACGUCCGGAUCAAUGCUGUCCCGUGAUUACCUGUCCGGAAGUACCGGUGCAGUUACUCACCUCGACCACUAACGCACCGGCGAUGCCCGGUUCCACUGCCCUCGGCUUCCACGAUAACUAUGGCUGCAACGUUAACGACAGAUUCUUCGCGGACGGUGCCCAAUUGCCCGUCGAUCCACAGAAUCCUUGCGAGUUGUGCUAUUGCAUCAGGAACAGGACCACUUGCGUGAUGCAGGAGUGCACCCUACGCGUGGCUGGAUGCAGGCCAGUCUAUCAACCCGGCGUAUGUUGUCCGGUCAAAUACAAUUGCGAAUACGACGAGGAACUUUCAACGACGGUUGAACCGACGCCUGGCCUGAUAAUGACAACCACGAUGGCUCCUGGAGCGACGCCGCAGUGCUACCACGAAGGAAAGAUUUACGAGGACGGUGAUUUGAUUUACUCGACGCAACCUUGUCAACAUUGCUACUGUUUCCGCGGUGACAUCGCGUGCGCCGUGCAAGACUGCGGAACGCCCAUGAAGACCCACGGAAAGAACUGCACCGCUGUGCCACCGCCCGAAGGGGAAUGUUGCCCGACGACCUACGAGUGUGAAGAUGACGGACAUGGUGGAGUCGUGAUGCUACCAAAAGAAGAGGAAGUGUCUACCGAGAAGCACAUCCUGGAGACCACAGCAUCGACCGUAACGGAAGCCGAGAAGGAGGCCGCGGAACCUGAAACGACCGAGGAAUCCUUCCCAGGUUCUGACAACGUUAUUCCCGAGGAUCACAAAGCAGCAAGCAGCACCCAGGAACCUGUCGAAGCUUCAUCCGCUGCCACUGAAGAACCUAAGAAAGAGGAACUUCCAACAGAAGAAAGCGCUACUCCAGAGUCCACAACGGCGCAGCAAGAAGUUUCGAAGGAAUACACGACCGAGAGCGUUGUUUCUCCUACGGAACCAGCAGUCAAGCUGACGGAACCACCUCAGGAAGCUGAAGCUGAAGCAACCGAGGCACCAGCCGCUGAAGAAAAGGGUGAAGAAGUGACUAAAUUAGCGGAAGAAGAAGCUACUCGAGCAGCCACUGAACCGUCAAUCGUUUCGGAAGUACCGGAGUCGUCUUCACCGAAAUCAGAGGUUCAACCUGAGGAAGCAACUACGAUGAAGGAAGAGAAGGAACCUCAACCGAUUACCGAAGAAGCGAUGCCGGAAGAGGGACAAACCGAGGUCACGCCAGAGAAAGAAGAACAGACUGGACUGCCAAGUACCGCGAAACCGGAAGAAGAAACGAAGGUAACCGAAGAAGGUGUACCUGGUUUGGAGCACGAACCAACCGCGACUGAACCUACCUUGCCCAAAGAAGAGCAACCAACUGAAGGAGCUGAGAAAUCUACAGAAACGCCAGAGCUUCUGAGUGAGGAAAAAGUGACGUCCCCAGUUGCUGAAGCUGAAGUAACCACGGCUAAGGGUUUGGUCGAAGAACAAACGACUGAAGCGGUUAAAGAAGCGGAAACACCUUCGCUCGUUUCAGAACCGGAAGAGAAGGUAACAACGGUAGCUUCAGUUGAAGAAGAAACAGAAAAGGCUGCGACACCUGAGGAAGUAUCUUCUGAGAAACCAGCUCAGGAAAUUCCAAGCACUGAACAAGCUCCGGUUGAAGAGGAAGGAAAAGAGAAACCAUUAGAAGUUAGCCCAGAAGAGCAACAACCAACGGAAGCUGGUGUUCUUCCCGAAGAACAAGGAACUACCGAGGCUGCGGUUGAACGGAAACCAGAAAUGCCGGAACACAAAGCUCCUGAAGAAAUGCCUGCAUUGGCUCCCAAGAAAGAGGACUCGCUUAUUCCUGAAGAAGAACUCAUGCCCGCUAUGACAGAGAAGCCUCCCGUUGAAGAGGAAAAACUCCCUGAAAUUCCGGCACAAGGACCUCCUGGUAUUCCUGUGACCGAGCGCGUGCACGAGAGCAAAGCUGAGGACCAGGAAGCGGUCACUGAAGUUCACGUGACCCAAGGUUACGUCGACAUGAAACCACCAGAAUUCCAUGUGCCAGGAAGUCUCGUUACUGAAGCACCAGAGAAAGCACCUACGACAUACCUUCCUCCAGUAGCGGAAACAACAGCAGCUCCGAAGCAACAAGAGACAACGCCUAGCGAAGAAGAAGGAAUUGAUGUGAGGAUACCAGAAGAGCCUUCCGCUACUGAAGCCUCGGUGCCCGAAGAACAAGAAAAGACAGAGGGUGCUCCAGCGAUGACCGAAGCUCCUCAGGUUCCAAGUGAACAGAAAGAAACGACGGAAGGUGCUCCAGCGAUGACCGAAGCUCCUCAGGUUCCAGGUGAACAGAAAGAAACGACGGAAGGUGCUCCAGCGAUGACCGAAGCUCCUCAGGUUCCAGGUGAACAGAAAGAAACGACGGAAGGUGCUCCAGCGAUGACCGAAGCUCCUCAGGUUCCAGGUGAACAGAAAGAAACGACGGAAGGUGCUCCAGCGAUGACCGAAGCUCCUCAGGUUCCAGGCGAACAGAAAGUAACGACGGAAGGUGCUCCUCAAGGUACCGAAAUUACUCCUGGUGCAGAGAUCUCAACAUCGACGCAACAGGCUCCACAGGAACAAACUGAACAAACGGAGAAACCAGGUGUACCGGAAGAAAGUACUGAAGUUUCAUCGUCCGAAGUUCCACCGUCGAAGGAAAUUGCAGAAGAGUUGCCAACGAAAGGACUCACCAUUGACGAAUCUGGAGAAACCUCUUCCGAGGAAGUUAGUGAUUCCAGCGAAGAAGUAACUCCUGCUAAAGGUAAACCAACUGAGAAAGAACCCGAAGAACAUGCAUCUGAAGCACCUGCAUCGGAACAUCCAACGGAGCAGCCAGCUGUUGAAGAACAGACGGUAGAAAGUGAGAAAGCAGUUACCGAAGGCGCUGUCCCCUCGACGGAAGCUCCAGGUGUUGAAGAAGCACCCACGGAAGUCAGUGCAGUUCCGGAAGAGAAACCUGUAACAGAAAAGGAACCGGUUAGCGAAGAAGAGAAAGAAAUUACAGCUGGUCCAGAAGAAAAGCCUGCUACUGAACCAGCCGAAGAACAGGUGACUGAGAAACCAAGUGUUGAAGAAACUCCAGUCACAGCUAAGGUACCUGAAGCUGAGGAAGCAAGUACAGCACAAGUUCCAGUAGCUGAAGAAGGUGAAGCAAGCGAGAAGCCUGUUGUGGAAGAAGUUCCAAAAGAGGCAACUACACCAGAAGCUGAAAUUACUGCAGCACCUGAGGAACCAACUGAAGGUGAGAGACCAACAGAACCCACAAUGGUUGAGGUUUAUCCAACGGUGACUGUAGAAGAAGAGCAGAAGACAGAGAAACCAGAAUCCACGGAACGACCCGCUGUUGAACAGACUGAAGGUCCAGUAACCAAAGAAUCGUCCACUGAAGCAGCUCCGGAAGAACAAAAGACGGAAGAGCCUACAGGUGUGAAGGAGGAGGUUCCAACCGAAGGACCAAUGGCUGAAGUACCAUCGACUGAGGAAACAAUUACCAAAGCAGAAAAGGAAGAAACUGAAGUUCCGGUUAAGGAACAUACACCAACUCCUGGUCCCAUUUCUGAACGUAAAGAGGACGAAGGAAUAACGGAGAAGCAGCUUGAAGAACGACCAGAGGAAAUGGAAGGCGUUCAGAGGCCAUCUCUUGAAGAAGAGAAGCCUACUGAAAAGCCAAUGGGAGAGGAAGGAACAUCUGCAAUGCCUGCUUCUGAAGAGCAUGUAACUGAAGAGCCUGUUGGAGAAGGAAAGCCUGAAGAGAAAGAACCAAGUGAAGAAGAACCUGCUGAAGAAGAAAAGGAAAUUGAAAGUCCUGCUGAAGAGCAGAAACCUGUAGAGAAAGAAAAACCGACUGAGAUGCCUGUUGAAAAAGAGAAACCUGCAGAGGAAGGAAAGUCAACUGAGGCACCAGCCGAAGAAGAGAAACCUGCAGAGGAAGGAAAAUCAACCGAAGCACCUGCUGAAGAAGAGAAACCUGCAGAGGAAGGAAAAUCAACCGAGGCACCUGCUGAAGAAGAGGAACCUGCAGAGGAAGGAAAGUCAACCGAGGCACCUGCUGAAGAAGAGAAACCUGCAGAGGAAGGAAAGUCAACUGAGGCACCAGCCGAAGAAGAGAAACCUGCAGAGGAAGGAAAGUCAACCGAGGCACCUGCUGAAGAAGAGAAACCUGCAGAGGAAGGAAAGUCAACUGAGGCACCAGCCGAAGAAGAGAAACCUGCAGAGGAAGGAAAGUCAACCGAGGCACCAGCCGAAGAAGAGAAACCUGUAGAGGAAGGAAAGUCAACCGAGGCACCAGCCGAAGAAGAGAAACCUGUAGAGGAAGGAAAGUCAACCGAGGCACCUGCUGAAGAAGAGAAACCUGCAGAGGAAGGAAAAUCAACCGAGGCACCUGUUGAAGAGAAACCUGUAGAGGAAGAAAAGUCAACCGAGGCACCUGUUGAAGAAGAGAAACCUGCAGAGGAAGGAAAGUCAACCGAGGCACCUGUUAAAGAAGAGAAACCUGAAGAGGAAGGAAAAUCAACCGAGGCACCUGUUGAAGAGAAACCUGUAGAGGAAGGAAAGUCAACAGAGGCACCAGUUGAGAAAGAGAAACCUGAAAAAGAGGAAAGACCAACUGAAGCUCCUGCAAUAGAAGAAAAGCCUGGUGAAGAAGAGAGACCAACUGAAGAAGAAAAACCUGUGGAAGAAGUAACUAGAAAACCUGCAGAGGAAGAGAAACCAACCGAAGAAGUUCCUGAAGCGGAAGAACAAACUCAGGUACCUGCUGAAGGAGAGGAACCUUCUGCGGAAGAAAAACCAACUGAAAGGCCAAGCGAGGAACAAACACCGUCAGAAGGACUUGCUGAAGAACAGAAGCCAACUGAAAAAUCUGUGGAAGUAGAGAAACCAAGUGAAGCGACACCUCCUCAGGAAAUUGUACCAGUAUCUGUAGAAGUUCCAACUGAAAAAUCUGUGGAAGAAGAGAAACCAAGUGAAGCGACACCUCCUCAGGAAAUUGUACCAGUAUCUGUAGAAGUUCCAACAGAAGGUCCAGUGACUGAAGAGAAACCAUCCGAAGGUCCAGUGGCUGAAGAGAAACCAUCCGAAGGUGCUGAAGCUGUACCCACAGAAACUCCCAGUGCAGGAGAAGUUACUAGUACAUCCGCUCCUAAGGAACUAGCUGAAUUGCCAACAGAAGUUCCAAAAGAGGUACCCGAAAUUUCAACGAUCGGUGCUGAAGAAGGAGUCUCGCCAACAACGGAAGAAGCCCAAACGGAGGGUGGUGUGCCACAAGAAAAAUCGACUGAAGCUCCUGCAAUCCCUGAAGAACCCACAACAGUGCCUUCUAAAUUAGCUCCAGAACAACCUGCUGAAGAAGAAAAGAUACCCGAAGAAGGUACUGAAAAACCAGCACCCCCAGCUGAAGUAUCAUCGACACCAACAGUUCCAAGCGAAGAAACCACCGAACAAGAAGUUAAACUGCCCGAAGAAGGUGUCAGCUCUGAAGUACCUGAAGUAUCAUCCGCUCAGCCUGCAGUCUCCGAAACCACAGCACUUCCUGAAGAAACAGGAUUACCGGAAGAAGAACAGAAAGUCUCGCCUCCUGAAGAGGUAGCAACGAAAGUGACCGUACCGACUGAGGAAGCUACGCAAACUCCUCAGGAAAAGGAAACAGAAGCUCCAUCUGUAGAGGAGAAGAUAGCCGAACCAUCGACUGAGAAACCGACCAAGGAGGAAGGUCAACCAGAAACAACGCCACAUGCGGAAAUACCGAAGGUGACGACCGAACAAGCUGCCGAACAGACAACCACAGCUGAAGUUGAACAGGAAACGACGUCAGAGUAUCCGGUUCAUGUGCCAGCAGCGAUUCCAGGAGAAGGCAACUGUCUGGUCGAAGGACAAUCUUACAGCAACAAUUCUGCUGUGCCUCCUGCUAAUGCCUGUCAACUCCGUUGUCAGUGUGUCAGCAGCAUCAUCCAAUGCGACCUUGUUAAGUGUCCACCGCCACCUCCUCAUCUGUCCAACUGCAUGCCCGUGUACGCGGGCAAAGACGCCUGCUGCCCUAUGUACAGCUGCGACUCGACGCCUACGGUGGGUCUGGAAUCUGGCAAUCAUAUGAUCGAACCAGAAGAAAAGGAGCAGAAGACUGUGUCACCUUCGGUCGGCGAAUCAACAACGGAACCUGCCGAAGGCGUUAAGGAACCAUCGACGAGCCCAGCACCUGAAGCGCCCACACCCAGCGAAGAAACUGUUGCGCCUAGUUUGGUCAAGGAGCCUGAACACGUACAAACCACUCCCGUCGGAGAAACUGCCAAAGAAGCUGAAGAGCACACCACGCUUAGUCCGGUGUCUCCGGGGCAGGUAGAGUCUUCUAGUCAAAUUCCUGCAGAGGAGACGAAAGAACCUUCGGAAGUGCCAAGUACACCGGAGAAGGCUGAAGAAGAGCAGGUAACGAAGAUUCCAUCUACCGAACAACCAGUCGAAGGCGAAACUCCUGAAGAGCAACCAUCCACCGAGCGAGCAAUCGAAGGCCAAGCUCCUGAAGAACAGCCAUCGAGUCCAGCUGCUGGUGAAGAACAGACGAUCGUAACAACGGAAGCCGGUGAGAAAGAACAAACUACCUCUGAAAUUGAAAAGGAACCCGAAGCUUCUACCGUGAAACCAACGAGCGAACAGCCGUCCGAAGGACAGAGACCUGAAGAAGAGCAGCCACAAGCAACAGUUUCCCCUGUGGUUCCGGAAGAAGGUGUUACCAAGGAAGCCGAAGUUCCAAGUUCAUCCAUGGUACCAGAACUUACUUCAGAAGGCCAACCACCGUCGGUUACCGAAGGUCAGAAACCAUUGGAAGAAGGAAGUACCGUAGAAUCAGUUACUCAGCCUGAAGAAGAGAAAGAAAAGGAAUCAACGCCGUUUGAAGAAGAACCCGUUCGACCUGAACAGCCGACAACAGAGGGUGGACUAUCGACUGCUGGUCAACCAAGUGAAGCGGAAACUGAAAGACCAUCCUCUCCUGCUGAAGUAGAAACAUCUACUCCAGAGCAAAAGGUCACAGAAGGUGAAGAACAGGAAGUCACCCCUGUAGAACAAGAAACUGUUAAACCUUCGCCUACAGAAGGUGAAGUUCCCACUGAACCAACGGUAAAAGAAGCCUCUACGUCAGCUCCAGUGUCUCUUCCUGAAGAAGUAACUGUUCCGGAAGUAACUAAGGAAGAACCAACUGGUACCGAAGCAGCUACAGAAGAAACUGUGACAGAAAUCAGCAAAGAAUUGGAAACAACCAAGAAACCACUUCCUGAGGAAGAACAAGGCAUGGUAACUGAAACUGAGCAACCCCCGGCACCUACGGUCGUAGCUGAAGAACAAACCAAAGAAACUCCUGCACCCGAGGGUAUGGUUAAGGCUACCACGGAAGCUGCUGAAGAGCACACCGAACUUCCUGAAGAACCUGAAAAAUUACCUGAGGUACCAAGUUCUAGCGAAGCUGCUGAGGCUGGUACUGAACAACCAUCGGUGUCCAUCGAACCUGAAGUAACACCAGAAAAGGAAGGAGUUACAGAAGAACAGCAAGUUACUGAAAAAAUACAUGAAGAAGGUGCACAACCUGCUGUGUCUGAAGAGAAACAACCAGAAGUUACUCCAUCCACGGAGGAACAAACUCCCGAAGCAGUUUCACCUGCUGAAGAAGCAACACCGUCUGUAGUUUCUGAAGGAGUUACUGAAGGAGUACCUGAAAUAACUACUCCGAAAGCAGUGUCUGAAUCUACAUUACCUGAAGAACAAACUGAGCAACCUGCAGUGGAGAAGCAAACGGUACCUGCUGAAACGACCGAAGAAGCAGUCACGGAAGGAGUCAAGGAAGUACAGCCUACAGAACCAGAACCUGUACGACCAGAAGAGCAACCGACGACUGAAAAAGUACCAAGUGCUCCAGUCGAAGGUGAAGUGCCUACAACUACAACGUCGCCUAAACUCCAAGUUCCGGAACAUACGACAGAGAAAGAGGAAGAGGUCACAGAAGCCCUCGAUGUCAGGACAGGAACGGAACCGUCGACUGAACAGGAAACUGCUGCGCCAGUAGCUGUUGAAACUCCCGAAGAACCGAAACCUGAAGAGGGAACUCAAAAACCAAGCGUAGAAGAGGGUACGUCAGUAGAACCGACCAAGAUGCCAGUAUCUGAAGCCGAAGAACAUCCUAGUUCAACCGCUUCACCAACGGUUCCUGACUUCGUUUUCCCCGAAGAAGGAAUCGAGGAACAUAAACCCGUAACAGGUGUACCUGAAGAGAAAGCAACAACGGUGCCGAGCGAGGUGAGUCCAACUCCCGAGGAACAACCAUCUGUUACCGAGAAGAAACCAGAAGAACCUGUACCAGAAGUAACGCAACAGACAGAGGCACCUUCAGCAGAAGAGGGAACUGGAAAACCACCAGCAGAAGAAGAAAAGGGAGAACCUGAAGCUGAAACAACCCCGGCAGUGGAGACUGAAAAGACGACUGAACCUACUGUUAAGACACCUGUCGAAGCUGCUUCAACUGAAACGCCAGAGAAAGCAGUUCCUAGUGAAGCACCAGAGCAAGAACUUCCUGGAGUGUCCGAAAAGGUGCCGGAAGAAGGUACCGAGGCACCCGUGAAAGCCACCGAAGUUCCUGAAGAGAUCGCUCCUAGCACAGAGGCUCCAGAGAAAGAACUUCCUGAAGUAUCAGAGAAACUUCCUGAAGUGUCCUCUGAGGCUCCUGAACAAGGCUACUCGACUGAGGCUCCCGAGAGAGUAACACCUGCUGAAGAAGUACCAGAGAAAGAGAUUCCAACUGUAGCACCAGAAAAGGCAGUUACCACCGAAGCACCGGAGAAAGAAAUUCCAAGCGAAUCUCCGGAAGAGAUUGUACCUACUGAAGCACCAGAGAAGGUCCUUCCAGAGGAAGAAGGUACCGAAGUACCAGUGAAGACCCUCCCUGAAGAGGCACAACCUACCGAAGGAGCAGAGAAAGAAAAGCCUAUCGAGGAACCUGAAAAGAUUCCAGAAGAGGAGAAACCAACAGAAGGUGAACAACAAACGGCGCAACCUGAAAAGAUUCCAGAAGAGGAGAAACCAACAGAAGGUGAACAACAAACGGCGCAACCUGAAAAGAUUCCAGAAGAGGAGAAACCAACAGAAGGUGAACAACAGACGGCGCAACCUGAAGAGACUCCACAAACUACAGAGAGUGUUCUAAUCAAAGAACAAACACCAAGCGCAACUGAAUCUCCUCAGGUUGAAGAAAAGUCGACUGUGCUUCCAAUUACUGAAGAACAACCAGUACCAUCGCCCAGCACACCGGCUCCAGAACUUGAAGCGACCUCUCCUCGCGAAGAACAAGCUGUCACGGUAGAAUCCACGGAAACGCCGGUUGUUCCCGAAGAACAGGAAGUCUCGACGAAGGAAACUGAACCGAGCCAACCGUCGGAAGAACCGCAGCCUGCUGUUCCUCCGGAAGUUCAGCCAACUGAAGCUCCGAUCGAAGCAUCGACCGAACAGGAAGUAGAGAAACAGCCAGAAACUGAAAGAACUCCGGAAGCAGAGCAAACGGUUCAACCAUCGACGGAACUGCCCGAGGAGAAGAGUACCGUGGAACCAACGAUACCUGAAGAGCACACAGUGGAAGGUAUUUCGAUGAAACCUGAAGAAGGUCCACAGCCUACCGAACCGUCUGUCGAAGAACACGUCACGAAAGCUCAUCCUCUUCCAACGGAACCCACGGAAGAAGGACAAGAACCAGAAGUAGAAGGUCUUCCAGGUCACGAAGCCACGUUACCAGAAACUGUCCCGACAACCGAGAAAGAAGAAUUGCCCGAAGGUCAUCUCACGAUUGGGGAUGAAGAACACGUUCAACCGGUUAAUCAGACCGAGGUUGCCGAAACACCUGAACAUCCUAGCCACGAAGGUACGAGUACCUCAGCUCCGCAGGUACCCGAAUAUCCAGAGCAACCGGUGCCUGGCGAGGAAACUCCACCCUUCCCAGGGCAAGAGGAUGAUUAUCCCGACGAAGACGAUCAAGCGAUCUACGGACCGGGCACUUGCCGAUACGGUGGCAAGGUCUACGUAUCGGCUCAGCAGAUACCUAGAGACGAUCCUUGCGACUUCUGCUUCUGCUUCAGAAGCGACAUUAUCUGUCUACAACAAAGCUGUCCGCCGCCGAUCUCAGGAUGUCACGAGGAGCCGAUCAGCGGUUUCUGUUGCCCGAGAUACGAGUGUCCUGUCUCGAUGGCCACGUCGAUGAACGUCACCACGACAACGACCACCACCACGACCACGUUGCCACCUCACUUCCACCCCCACGCGUACAAGGGAGCCGCGAAACGAAGCGGCUGUCAAAUUCGCGGACAAGCGUACCGCGUUGGAGAAGUCAUUAGGUCCGCGUCGGGACCUUGUCUUCAAUGCACUUGCGGAGGGGACGGUAACAUGAAGUGUGAUCCACGAGUGUGCAGCCCGGAACCGAUGCUGAGGCAAAUGAUCGCGGCAGCCACGGCCAGAAGAAGGAGAUGAGCCAGCCAAUUCGAUCCCAGGGAUCCGACGAACAAAUUUACACGCGAGACGGAGUCUAAUGCAGGAUCAGUGUUGUAUAAAAGUGAAUUAAAAAAUAUUCUAAACUAUGUCGCGGAACACAGACUGUAAUGUGCUUCGGCGAUCACGAACUGAGUGGCCAAAACGUAAACGUUUUAUAUUAUAAUAUUAUAUUAUAUUAUGUUAUAUAUAUGGAAAAAAAAAUGCGAAAAAGAUAGAGGUAGGAAAUAGAAGGUGAGAUCGUUGAGAACGUGAAAUGGAAUGGACUCAAAAAAAUGGGAUUUAGCCUCGUAAGGAAGGGCUCGUUUUCCGGUGCCAAACGUGAUAGAGAAGGAAAGUAAGCGACGAAAGUGAUUAGUUCCACGUCUCACGCCAUUUUUUUACGAAUAAAUGAAACGAUGGUUAUGGAAGAUGAAGCAGAAGAAGAAAAGCGUUAAAAAAAAAAAAAAAGAUAUAUAAGUUGAUGAACGUAUGAGACUUAUGACUGUGCCUUCGUCAGUGUCGACAACAUCGGCACUACUUUCGUUCCGUGGCAGCCAAAACGGGGCCGAUUUCAGCCACGAUCAUCGUCGUUGGGGUUUUAUUCUCAGGGAAUCGUCAUUAGGACUAAAUAUGGUGAUGGGAUACAAAACGAUAAACGACGCGUUCCGUCGACGCGGCCAAAAAAGACAAAAAAAAAAGAAUCAUAUUAAAAUAACAUCUUCGGUAUACGUGGAACGAUUUCUUGUACAGUGACAUUGUAACGGCAAAAACGAUCGUGCGAAGGACAACCGCGAAAGGAUUUCGUCAAGAAGAAAGAAGAAUUAUCCGCCAAGAGUAUCGACGGUUUCCCUCGUACGAUUGAAUCGACGAAGAAAUGAAACGCUAUCGAACUUGUUGCUCUUGUAAUAUCACUGUAAAAACUCGAACAACGAUGAUCAACGGCAAUCUGCUGCACGAUCGCGACAGAUCUAGAUCGUUUUUCUGGCUGGCACGUGUCAACGUGCGCCAACGAUCAAUCCACGUUUACUCACGUUUGCCGACGUGCUCGAGUACGAUCCAGAUAACAAGUUUAUUGUUGCAAAUUCAUGACAAAUCAUUCCGUUUAAUGUAAACACUCAAUUUCCUGUUGAUUUUUAACAUUACAAAGAAACGUGCGCGACGUUAUCGCGAAUAAUCCGGUGCAAUUAAAGAAAUAUGCAGGUCUCUCUCCAUGGUCCGCCGUUCGAGGAGAUUCCCGCCAACCGUUUAAUCAUAAUUGUAACGUGCUACUUUCAUUGCGACAUUAAACCUGUUAACGAUGAUCGUAUUUAAACACACGUGCUGAUGCGUACGUGGUACAUUUAUACGUAUAAAAAUUAAAGAAAGACAAGACGAAAGGUACGCGUAUCUCAAAGCUCAAACAGCGGCUCGCGCGGAGGACCGAUUACGAGUUUGCUUCUCCGGCGAGCUGGCAUCAUUAUACAUACAUAAAUACAUGCAUACAUACAUGUGUAUACAUACACGUACGUAUAUACGUGUAUGUACGUAUAUAUAGAUAAAUAUAAAUAUAUACAUUUAUACAAUUCUUUAUACACACUGUACCCUCCUAAAUAAUAUUACUUAACAAUGUUCUAUACAUUUGUACGAAAGUAUAACUAUCUAUGAUGAUGAUGAUCGUUCUUCGUUCUCUAGUCUCAAAGUGUCGCAUGAUCAAUUUAAAUCCAUAAAAUGAACAAUGUGCUUCCCUUUCCCUUUUCGCGAUUAUCUCUACAUACAAGCAAGUCAAUUAAUUUGAUACUUUUUGCUGAGCCAUACAACACGUUCUGCGAUAAGAUACUGAAAGAUAGCGAAAAGUGUUGAUCGUCAGACGCAGAGGGAUGGGAAACGAAAUAUGGACAAACGUAGCCACGCUUUGAGACUUCGGAACUUGGGGCUGUUUAGAUGUAAUAGAGUGAAGAAAAAAAAAAAAUACGCUAUUAAUUUGAUCGCACAAAUACUGCGCAUACUGUCUGUAUUUAUACUCGGAUGAGGACGACGAGUAGAACUUCUCUGUCUUCCUUGCAUCAGCUCGUAAAUUCUUUUUGUACGCGUUCGUUUUAAUUUAGUUCGUCAUUGCGAAUGGUAGCUCGCGCGAAACUCGCGAUCGCGACAGUGAUUUUUGCUCGGAAACACAAAAAGGAAAUAAAAAGGAAAUAAUUAUGAUAUAAGAGACAGGAUCUCUGUCGAUCGAAUGGAUAAAGUAGUGCUUCCAUGGCAACUCGAUCGUGAUACAAGUGGCCAUAUUAUUAACCGUCACUGUCUCAGAAAUAAAUGUCUCUCUUUUUCUUUAAGUUGCGAAACGAUCUUGUCCCUCGUCUUAUGAGAAUUUUCUUUCAUGUAUACGACGCGCCUCGAUGCGCCAACAAACUAGAAGAAUCUCGAAAAAUUACUAUGAAAUAUAGAAACUGUCCUGUAUAAUUCUACUCUAUAUUUUUUAUUCCCACGUGAGAGUGACAACUUCCAAAAUAUUCCUUUAGAUACACCUGGCUAAACAGCCACUGUUUGUAUGCUCCACACGGUCGGGUAGCCACCUUAUAUUUAAAAAAAAAAA